CACUUGUCGUUUGAGGUCGUCUGCUGCGCACACGGCGUACACACACACACACGACGGCAGGCAGUGAGUCAAGUCAACAUACAACAAAUGCACGUUCGAUCUCGAAUGAACAGAACAUUCCUCGCCUUGUGAAUGAUUCUCAGUCAAUUCAUCUUGAGGUUUCCCCGUUCUGUAUUACUGGAUUGAAGGUGCAUACACUAUUGGAAUCUCAUCUUCAAAGGAGUCAAGGAGAUAUUUGAAGUGAACAACAAAUGAUAAGUGACCUGAGAGUAAGCUUUGCUGGUAAUCAAACUUAGACAAGUGACGAAGUGAGAUAAAGAGGUGCAGUAUGGCACGUUUUAGUUUGGACACUGCCUUCCUCUUUACUGUUAUCGCACUAGCCUGGUCUGUGGUGCCCAGUGUCGCCCAAGACACGCCUAAUGCCGAUCAGGACUUGCCUUGUGCAUUGACUUUAUCAAUAAGCUAUUGCAGCUGCUCAGGCACCAGCCUGACCUGCAGCAAAUGGCCUAAAUCUCUGCUGACGCAUAUUCCAUCAAACACUACAUCCCUCAGGAUUUUAGGCUCAGAAACAAGACAUCUUAGAACAAACAUCCAACCCAGAACCACCCUUCCUAACCUCAGAACAUUAGACCUCACUGGUAAUGCUAUUGUAGAGAUUGACGCACGCUGGUUCACCCGCAAUAAGUUCCCAGCAUUGGAGGAGCUUAUCCUGGACACCAAUAACAUAACCCUCAGCGGAGCAGAAACAUUUAGAGACGUUUCCGAAAAGCUGCGAUUGCUGAGUUUAAAUGGCGCCCUCAAGAGGAAUUACACGGAGAUGCUCUGCAACAAUUUAAGGGACGCUCUGCAACAAGGAAACUUAUCCAACCUUGUUGAGAUUCGCCUUGAUAAUAAUGAGUUGGGCUUACUGACACCAACCACGUUACAGUUCUCUGGGAGUUCCAAACUUCAAAGAUUGAACCUCUUCAACAGUAGCCUCAUAGCAAUUCUACAGGGGACUUUCAUGCGGAAGAUAUUCCCGAAUCUUCGUCAUUUGAACUUAAGUUCCAACGAGAUCAAAAGCAUAGAUCAGACCACCAUCCAGGACCUUGACACCUUUACAAACCUGUCUCUUGAUCUCAGCAACAAUCUCUACUUCUGCAACUGCAAACUGGCGGCCUUCCAAACCUGGCUCCUCAACACCACGAUUGUCCCUGAUAAAUCCGGUCUGCGAUGUGAUGAUGCUGUCUUGCAUUCCAGCAUCAAUAAGAGCAUCAUAGACGCCGAUUUAAAAUGUGCCGAGAUUGAAGUAGUCAAUGUUGAUGAUGGGUUACAAUCUUCUUACAUCAUACUCAGCAUCAUCUUGACUCUUGUUGGUCUCCUGGCAUUGGUUGUACUGUACAUGAGGCGGAAUGACAUUAAGGACUACUUUGUGGAGUUCUACACAACCAGCAAAGAGGCAUUUAACAGUCGCCAGGGUUAUGAUGAAAUCCACAGGGUACGUCGGGAAACACCUGAGAUGGCACCAACUGAAGUUUGAAUGAGAUUUAUAAAGAAAGUUUGGACACUGGUGAACCGACAUUUUGCAUGUUCAACAAAACCAGGACCAGUAUUUAACAGUUGGAGAAGAGUUUGCUACACAGAACAUCCACCAGCGUUUUGAAAAGUAUUCAACAAUAUGGGCGAACAUGUUUUCAUAUUUUUUUUUGUUAGCAAGAGUGCAAACCUAUAAAAAUGAAGAGGUAAAAUUAUAGAAUAUAAAGAAACGUAUGGACUACAUGUACUUGUAGCAUCAGGGUUGACCGUUUAAUCAUACUAUUCAACAAAAGGUCAGAAAUAUUGCCCAGCUUGUUUUCCUUU